GAUGAAGUCGAAUCUCACGCAGAAGUUUCCACAGACGAAGGGGGUUAGAUGGUUCAAUCUCGCGGUGCUCACUAUCACACCACUUGUGGCAGCGUAUGGCCUAUGGCGCGUCCCAGUCCUUCGCGAAACAGGCCUUUUCGCGGUGGUAUACUAUGUUUUUUCGAUGCUCGGAAUCACGGCAGGAUACCAUCGGCUCUGGUCGCACUGUUCCUACAACGCAUCGGUUCCCCUUCAGCUUUUCCUCCUCGCAGGAGGUACGAGUGCUGUUCAGGGCUCCUGUUACUGGUGGGCCCGGGCCCAUCGUUCACACCAUCGACACACGGACACAGAUUUGGACCCUUACAACGCAAACCGCGGACUACUUUGGACUCACAUCGGAUGGAUGAUUUUUAAGUCACAGCUACGUUCCGGCCCCUCGGAUAUCUCGGACCUUCGAAAAGACGCCCUCAUUCAGUGGCAACACCGGCACUACUUCCCGCUGGCCCUGUUCUUCGGCUAUAUUUUCCCGGCGGUCAUCCCAGGCCUGUUCUUCAACGACUGGUUGGGUGGUAUUUGCUUCUCCGCAGCCCUUCGUUUGACCCUUGCACACCAGAGCACUUUUUGUAUCAAUUCAAUUGCGCAUUGGCUAGGGACAGCACCGUAUGACGAUGCUCUCACACCUCGAGACCACUUUCUCUCCGCCGUCUUAACGAUGGGCGAGGGUUAUCACAAUUUCCACCAUCAAUUUCCAAUGGACUACCGCAACGCUUUCUUGUGGUAUCAAUACGACCCUACCAAAUGGUUCAUCGCACUGUGCGGCAAGCUGGGGCUUGCACGUCAUCUGCGCGUCUUCCCAAGCAAUGAAAUUGCGAAAGGAAAACUAGCUAUGAAGCUCAAGGAGCUGAAAGGAGUCCAAGACUCGCUGAAAUGGCCAACGCCUGCAGAUGAGCUGCCUGUUGUAACUUGGGAGACGGUUCAAGAAGAGUCGAAUUCGCGGCCUUUAAUUCUAAUAGCAGGCUUCAUCCACGACGUGUCUUCGUUCAUCGACAACCAUCCAGGUGGAAGACACCACCUCGUUGGAAAUUCUGGAAAAGAGAUGACGGCGUCGUUCUUUGGUGGCGUGUACAAGCACUCGAGCGCCGCUCAUAAGCUGUUAUCCAUGAUGAGGGUUGGCGUACUAGACGGUGGCAUGGAGAUUACACAACAAGAAGUGCCUCCAGUCCGUAAGCUAUUCAUUUCCGAAGCAGAGCGGAGGCCCCAAGUCUUGUA